AUGGACAUUUAAGUCGUUUGCCACUAUGACGCAUACCAUUUCAAUCUCAGCACUAUUUGUGCUCCUGGUGAUAGGAUCAGCCGUACCAAGCAAAUCCAGUCCAGAAUCUGAAUCCCAAUCGCAAGCCAAUAUCCAAAAUGGAAAUGCAGGUACAGAAAACCAAAAAGUUUCUCCGUCCAAAUCAAUUCCGUCAGUCAAGCUUCAAAGAGAGUCUCCGGAAUUGCAACAACUGGCAAAGCAAAAUGAUGAAGAAGCAAGAUUAGUUAACUUAGCAAUUGAACAAGUGAAAGCUUUGGCUAAGAUUCAAUAUUUGGGAGAAUUACAACAUAGGGCGAAAAAUACGAUUCGGAGUCAGCGUAAACUAUUACUGGAAUACAAAGCAUCGGUAGUACGAAAGGUUGCAAAAGAAGCUAAGGCUAAGGUGGUAUGUAAAAGAUUGAGGGAAGCUCGGGUUCGAGCAGAAACUGAGGCACAAAAUCAGGACAACUAUGUGAAAGGAUUAAAUACUGAAGUUAAAUUGUUAAGUGCAGCCAUGAAUGAAGCUAAAGCACUGGUUGAGGCUCAUCAACAGGCUUUGCAACAGGGAUCGGCUAAUAAUUCGACUCGAAAAACCGCUGAUGCUCAAUCUCAGUUUUUAAGUCGGAUUCUGGCUAAAGCGCGUGCUCAAUAUUUGAGCGAAGUUGUUGAUAAAGCUCAUGCUGAGAAUGAAAGAAGGUAUAUUGUAGAGGGUCUAGGUCAGGUUCAAAAGCAAGCUCAAACACAGGUUAUGACACAGGCUCAAGUUCAAGCACAGGCACAGGCUCAAGCUCAGGUUCAGGCACAGGCUCAAACACAGGCUAAGGCACAGACUCAAGCACAGGCUCAAGCACAGGCUCAAACACAGGCCCAGGCACAGACUCAAGCACAGGCUCAAGCUCAGGCACAGGCUCAAGCUCAAGCACAGGCUCAGGCUCAGGCGCAGGCUCAAGCACAGGCUCAGGCACAGACUCAAGCACAGGCUCAAGCUCAGGCUCAAGCUCAGGCACAGGCUCAAGCUCAAGCUCAAGCACAGGCUCAAGCUCAGGCGCAGGCUCAAGCACAGGCUCAGGCUCAAGCACAGGCACAAGCUCAAACACAGGCUCAGGCACAGGCUCAAGCUCAAGCACAGGCUCAAGCUCAAGGUCAAGCUCAAGCACAGGCUCAGGCACAGGCUCAAACACAGGCUCAGGCACAGGCUCAAGCACAAGCUCAAGCUCACGCUCAGGCACAGGCUCAAGCUCAAGCACAGGCUCAAGCUCAAGCACAGGCUCAGGCUCAGGCACAGGCUCAAGCUCAAGCACAGACUCAAGCUCAAGCACAGGCUCAAACACAGGCUCAGGCACAGACUCAAGCACAGGCUCAAGCUCAGGCUCAAGCUCAGGCACAGGCUCAGGCUCAAGCACAGGCUCAAGCUCAGGCUCAGGCGCAGGCUCAAGCUCAGACACAGGCUCAAGCUCAGGCACAGGCUCAAGCUCAGGCACAGGCUCAAGCUCAGGCACAGGCUCAAGCUCAAGCACAGGCUCAAGCUCAGGCGCAGGCUCAAGCUCAGGCUCAGGCGCAGGCUCAAGCACAGGCUCAAGCUCAGGCUCAAGCUCAGGCUCAGGCUCAAACACAGGCUCAGGCACAGACUCAAGCACAGGCUCAAGCUCAGGCACAGGCUCAAGCUCAGGCACAGGCUCAAGCUCAAGCACAGGCUCAAGCUCAGGCUCAGGCGCAGGCUCAAGCUCAGACACAGGCUCAAGCGCAGGCUCAAGCACAGGCUCAAGCUCAAGCACAGGCUCAAGCUCAGGCACAAGCUCAAGCUCAGGCACUGGCUCAAGCACAGGCUCAAGCACAGGCUCAAGCUCAGGCUCAAGCACAGGCUCAAGCUCAGACUCAGGCACAGGCACUGGCUGACAAUCAGGAAGACUCUAUGUCAAUUAAUCUCUCAGCCUAUCGAACGAGUUUCUUGGGAUUAAAAGAAGACCGACCUUCCGAUUGCGGUCGGUGCGCUAAUCCGCCACCAUUCUUUUCCAAAACUGACAUCGAAAUAGAUGCUAAGUUAAAAACGUCUGAGUUGAUCCAGAGGUAUGGCUACCCUGCACAGACCCAUGUUGUUACAACUGGUGACAGAUACAAGCUCAGCCUCCAUCGCAUUCCUCGGCCAGGGGCCCAGCCCAUUAUCCUCGUUCACGGUCUUAUGUCUAGUUCCUCUUCCUGGGUACAAAUGGGUCCUUCGUCUGGUCUAGCCUACAUCCUUUUCCGGAAGGGUUACGACGUCUGGUUGCUAAAUACUAGAGGCAACCUCUAUUCUCGGGAGCACGAAAAUGCUCAAAUAGGCGAUCGGGAAUACUGGGACUUUUCAUUCCACGAGAUCGGCAUUUACGAUAUCCCUGCAACCAUCGAUUACAUUAUUCUCAAUACGAAUAUGCCACAAGUCCAGUACAUUGGCCACUCCCAAGGCUCAACUGCGUUCUUCGUGAUGGGCAGCGAACUGCCCCAUUAUAUGGCCAAGAUAAAGAUCAUGCAGGCUCUGUCUCCAACAGUUUACAUGGAGGGAAACAGAAGUCCUGUUUUAAAGUUCCUGGGCUUCUUUAAAGGAGGCGCAUCGAUGCUGUUGAAUCUUUUAGGUGGCCAUGCGAUCUCCCGGAAAACUGAGCUCAUCAAACGUUUCCACAAAUACAUUUGCUCCGCAUCGAUAAUAACCAGUAAAAUUUGUGCCAUCUUCGAUUUUAUUGUCUGCGGCUUCGGCUGGAAGAGUUUCAAUCAGACCCUCACCCCCAUCGUUGACGGCCACGCCUCGCAGGGUGCCGCUGCCAAGCAGGUCCUCCACUAUGGUCAGAUGCACGGAAGCGCUUACUUCCAGCGCUACGACUUCGGCCUUCUGAUAAAUCGCAUACGCUACCAGCAGAUUCGACCUCCACAGUACAAUAUCUCGGCGGUGAACUGCAAGGUAGUGCUUCAUCAUGGUGAUAGUGACUGGAUGAGCUCUGGAUCAGAUGUGCAGAGGCUGCAGCAGCUGCUGCCCAACGUCAUUGAGACCAGAAAGGUGCCUUUUGCAGCCUUCACCCACUUUGACUUCACCCUCUCAAAGGAUAUCCGAACAUUGGUCUACGACAGUGUUGUCAACUCCUGCGCGAAAUAAGGCUCGAAUAAGGGUCUUUGGUCGAAUCUAAAAACUAUUCUGUAAAGUUUUUAUAAAAAUCUAUUCAAUAAAUUAAAUUCAAUUUAAAUAAA